AUGGCGUUGGCAUCGAUCUACCGGUUGUCGAUUGAUUCGACCUUCGGCAGUUUCAGCCAUUUGGGAGCCACCGUCCGCCGGAGUAACCCGUCUUUCUUCCAGUUCGCUAAAAGUUUCGCCAAAGAAGUUAAAAAAAUGGGUUUACCGCGUGUUUUCUUCGACAUGGCCGUUGACGGCUCGGCCGCCGGAAGAAUUGUUAUGGAAUUAAGAAGCGACGUUGUCCCCAAGACAGCCGAGAACUUCCGUGCUCUCUGCACAGGAGAGAAAGGGUUCGGCUACAAGGGCAGCAGCUUCCACCGAGUGAUCCCGAAUUUCAUGUGCCAAGGAGGAGACUUCACAAACCACAACGGAACUGGUGGAAAGUCCAUCUACGGCAACAAAUUCGAGGACGAAAACUUCACUCUGAAGCACACCGAGCCUGGCAUUCUCUCCAUGGCCAACGCUGGACCUGGAACCAACGGCAGCCAGUUCUUCGUCACCUGUGUCAAGACCAGUUGGCUUGAUGGCAAGCAUGUGGUCUUUGGCAAAGUCAUCGAGGGAAUGGACGUUGUUAAGAAGCUGGAGUCCUUGGGCUCACAGAGCGGGAAGACAUCCAAGAAAAUCACCGUCGCUGAUUGCGGACAAUUGUAGAUCUGUAAAUCGUACGUAAAACGACGAGAUACAGUAAUGACUGCACUAUUAUGUAGACUUUGA